AUGUUGAGGCCACGGCCUCUAAGGAUUUCAGAACCCGACCUAGAACAGGCAAAAAAUCUGGGAAGAAAGUCGUCUGAACAGGGGGUUUUUGUUAACUGCUGUGGAAGAGAUCGGAGGAAGACGGCAGAGGAGCUAACAAGUCAAGUUGGUCAGCCCUUACCUCGCGCUCUUAACCUGACUUCCAGGAGCCAUUCCGGUCUUUAUGAUAAUAUUCCGCCCUUCUCUGUUCGGAAAAGCGGCUAUUCGGAUGUGCUAGAGGGAGUCAGGGAAAGUCUGCGAACUUUGGUGGAGCAGGUAUACGACGACAGGGCUGAACUUUUAUCUCUGAUUCAGCAGAAAUUUGCCCCAUACGGAAGGACAGGGGAUGCUCAGCGCAGACUGGAAGCCGGUGUCCCAGAAGAUCUUCCCUUAGAGGACCUACCCCCCUCUAGGGAACCUUACGCUCGGGACAGCAAAGUGGGAGUGACCCCUGCUGAAAGUAGGAAGGGAAUGCAUGUUGAAGAUAGAAUCAUGAAGGCCCUCGGUCGGGGAACUCUCUCUCCUGAGACCGUGCAAAAAGUGAAGGAGAGCCUCCGUUCACUGAUAGACGAUGUUCAAAGGGGAAACGUAGAAGUCACCUCACUGCUUCAUCGGGUGCUGGCCACUAAUUCUGACGUUGCGGUUCGGCAUGAAAGCGCUCCAGGACGAAAAAACGUCGAAGAGGUGAGUAAAGUAGUUCCAGCUGUUUCCUUUCCUGGGCAGGACAAAGGCCUCCCUUUCUCAAGUGGGCAAACAGGCACACGGGACAGGGAGUUGCCUGGGCUGGAAACCCCCUUCGUCCCAUCUCUUGUAGUAAAUCGCGCAUCAGGGGUAAUUAUUGAAGACACGCCGCAGAGAACAGAUGAGGGGAUCGGAGCACGUGGAAGUCGUUCGGUGUAUGCAGCAGAUUCCGUGGAGCAACGAGGAGUAAGAUACCAAGAAAAUGGGACUAAGAUUCCUUCCGAGGAGCCAAACGAUAAAUCGUCCCCCGGCAAAUGUGACAUAUCUCGACUUGGACAAGACAUCCAGAGUUUGAUGAACGAAAUUCGCUCGGGAUAUCAGCGUAUACGAGUGGUUGUGGAAGAGGCUUGUCAUACUGAUUGCCAACGGCUCUCUCCUCAACUUCAGACCCAAACAAACGGGGAGACAGCAACCGAUAGCCAAAACACAAAUGACUUUUCCAAGGGAGAGGAGGCCAAAUCGGCGAAGUCUCUGAGCGAGGGAAUGGACCGAAGCUACGUCGGGGAAGAAACACCAGGUCUGACCAAUCAAACUCCAGACAAAAACAGUCAGGCGGAAAUUCCCGAACAGGAGUGCAAAUGGGAGGAUCAUCCGGAUACCGAACUGCACGAACAAAAGUGCGAGAUAACAUGGGAGCCGAAGUUAACACCGCUGCCACCAAGGACGGAAGUGGAUGCUCGAGAAUGUUUGACAACGAGUGACGUGGAAAAGCCAUCCGCAACUGUGACCCCGAUGGAGGAUGUUUCCAGUAAAGCAACAGUGGUUCGCAUGUCAGCUAAACUAUCAGUUUCGACCGACCGACGGAGUGUUGGCAGUUCGACUGAGGCAGCCUUCUCACCAGCCUACGAACAGCCUCCUUCAGCCGACAAAAUCCAAUCAUCAGACGGAAGCAGACGUGUUUCCUCGAAACAGGUUGCAACCAUGACAGAGCUAGGGGAGGAGCGUGCUUCCCUAAAACCAAGUAAAAUUAGUUUGAUGAUAACAACCUGCAGUACAAAAUGGCAGGACACCAAACAGGGCAUUUUAGCCUCGUUGAGAGGACGAGGCUGCAGCUUUCUACCGGCACCAUCUGCAGGGACUUCCAGCGCUCCCACGGACACACCUGAUGGAAGCAAAGAUAAUUCCAAGGAACCGGAGAAGUACGAAACAGUCAGUGCUGGUUCCCCUGUCCCCUCCCCCUCAAAAGUGUCUGCUGCGAAAUUCGGACGCGGUUGUAAUUGCCUAUCGCAUGAAGCAUCUACCCGCAUUUCAACUGAAUCCGAAGAGUCCGUGGCCUCGAGGCAAGAAACUAGAGAAAAUAUUUUCAGCGACGUGCCGAUGCCUGUUUCGACCGAUUCUGAGAAGGGGAGAGAAAGUCUCGGCAGCAUGCCGGACGGAGUGCUUGAUCGAAAUUCGAUCAGUAUGGCAAGGAAUCCCGUCAGGAAGUCAAGCAGUGCCAGCGGUGGAGGGCAGGCUUUGGGCAUGAAGGCUUCCAAAAAUGCUAGUCUGGAAAGCGAGGGGCGUGAUCUGCGUUUAAACCAGUCCUCAUUAGAGGAGUCGCCCGCAGUACAAAUGCUACUCGGAGACUUCAACCCUUCCGAGGCCCUUACCACUGGCACAACGGUUCCUUCCUCUGUCGAAGAAUCUACUGAGAACGCUCGUACUACAUCAGAAAUUCGGCCUGAACAGCCUGACAAUGAGGCUGAACAUCAGGACACUCAUCAGGAGGGAUCCGAGAUGCCCGAAGAGCUGGUGCAAUUUAGGCCGGGGCCCCCGGAUGAUCAAGUUGGUCAGAGUAGACGGUCAUCUUCAUCGCUCAGAGAGUCUAAAGAAACUCGGGCCAUUUUGGCAUCUCCCAUCCCCUACGUGAUUGAAACAGAAACUGCGGACCUCAGUCCAGCUCUUGACUUUGAUUCUGACCCUGCCCCAUCACUUUCACCUGACCCUGUCACUUCCCUAGGAAGGACUUCAAGGUCCUCCAGGUCGCAGUCCAGCCCUACCGAGUUGUUGGCAGUUCGUAAAUCCCUGGAGGGACGAAGGGUUCCGUCACCGUCAUUGCUAGCUCCACCGGGGCGAAGCUCUAUCGUACUUCGCGAAUCUGACGCGACAGGGAAACGCUUUUCAAUAGAGCUGACCAGUCAGCGAAGCUCUUGGACUUCCGAAGGCCGUAGUGAAUCGCGUCUGCAGAGGCUGGAACCUCAGCCGGAUGGUGGGAGCGGAAUGGAUGAGCUGGUCGGGGAGAAAAGGGCCGAUAGCUUGAAGGCCGAGGCAGUCUUACGUCACAGCACUCGAAGCGACCGGGCCUCCCAGACCGGGAAUCUUGUGGGACCUGUCAGCAGCCCGUCGGACGGGAUCAACACCACAACCACCACUGUUAGUCACCCCGAGCAUUCAAUUACGAAUGGCUUGUCUGGAAACGGACCCCUCCCAAACAGCGAAAUGCCCACCACCACCGCUGAAGAAGAAGAAGAUGACGACAACGACGAUGAUGAGGGUGAUGGUGGCCGAGAGGAAGAGGAAGAAGCGCGGAAAGAAGCCGAGCCAGUGCGUGGCAGCCGAAGUAGACCUAAGGUCCCCAGAAAAAAAUACAGUCCCCGUGGCUCCAGCAAGCAGUUACUGCCUCAGCCUUCAAUAUCAUCGAGUCAGUCAAGCGCGUGUCCAGGGAACUUCCGCCAGAGUGAGCAAGCGCACACAAAGAUCCCCCGUUGUCGAAAAGUCUCCACGGCUUUGCCCCCGGCUUGUUCAGAGCCCCAGUCGCUUGAAACGCCGCCGGUUGAAACGCAGACGGCACGCAGACUACCCCGUUGUCCGCAUAGAGCCCCCUUUCGUGUCCGGAGGACACAGGACUCACAGGCGUGCGAAACGGUGGAAGAUGAGCGUCAGGACGUCUGCGCGCCACCUAGUCAGCGACCACGGCAUCCGCGGAAGGCCUAA